AAUGAAGAACUGCAUCAGUGUGCUGAGAACACUUCACACACCAACCUCUCCGACUUCACACUCAAUUACGGCUGUUAAGAAAGGCAAAGCAUGGACGUGGUCUAUGGGAUGUGUGUGCAAUGGCUACUUCGGUGUGUCCUCUUCCUGGAAUCGCUGCCGUUUCUUCAAAGUAAAGAUGUCACCAUGGUGAUAGGAGAGGUGGGCGGGGCUGUGACUAUCCCCUGUACCUCAGACCUCUGUGAGAACCAUCUGGUCUUCAUGUACGUACAGAGACCUGGUUCCAAUGGAAAUAAUCCCCGGUUUAUUAAUGGCUACCAUACGAAUAAGCGCUUAUACCCUAAGGAGUACACUAACCGUACACAUGUAGACCCCAGACAGCGAACAAUGAAGCUGUGGAGUAUAUUGCCGUCAGAUGAGGGGCUGUACGAGUGUCACAUUCAAUACCAAACCAAGAAGAAGCAGGAGAACAUACAGCUCAAUGUGACAGCCAACUACAGCAUCCCCAUUGUAACGGUGGCCUGUGACAACGUCAGUUGCUUGGUGACGUGUUCCUCCGACAGUGGUUACCCUCGUAGGGACAUUGAGUGGAGCCCAAACCCUCCUCUGAACCAGAGCCACUGGAGAGUAGUGAACAGUAGUGAUGUGACAGACCCAGUCUCUAUGCUGUUCUCUGUCUUCAGUUCCAUAUCCGUCAACUGCUCCUCCGGACCCCGGCUGAACCUCAGCUGUGCUGUAGGGGGCGCCCUUUCACAGGAACACACUGUCUGCUGGCCUCAGACAGGCUCUCCUGAUGUUUAUGUGACCUCUGCCGUUGUGGCUGGUGCUGUUGCUCUGCUGUGUUUCCUGCUGGCAGGGCUGUUUGUCUUCAAGGAAAGGAAGGCUCAGACAGCCAGAGUUGAUCAAGAUGGGGAGGAAGCAGCAAGGCCAGCUGAAAGAGUACAGCUCACCUGUAGGAACCUAGAUUCUUAAUGGAACUUGGAGUCUGUAACGUUGUACAUUUGGAACCCAGAAUAUGGAAGGUUAUUUUAUUGAUAUGAUAUCUAUAAAUCUGAAGUGCUGUCUUCUGAUGGGACCAGGGGAAGGUCACUGAGGUGACCUACAUAUUGCCUGGACUUGGCGUCGUUGAAAAUGAGGUUAACUUUCCUCUCCACGCUGGAGGACAGGCUGGACAUGAGAGAUGAUUUCAUGAUUUUGAGAAAGACUGGGAGUUGUAUAAAUAUUUAACCAGUAUGUUCAAAUGACUGAGUUCCAAUGAAGAACUAGACAUGCAAUGACUGUCCUCAAUGUGUGCACUAUUGUAAGGCAUGGAGUUAUCCAGGGAAAUGUGUUAAAGUCAAUAUACAUGUGGAUUAGGACUAAUAACCUGCACUGCACUUAAACAGAGUGUACACGUAUCUAAUGUGCACUUAUCAGGGGUUGACUGUAUUCAACUGACUCAUGUGCAAUUGUAAACUGUGUAACUGUGAAGCUAUCUGUGUAUUAACCACAGUUUACGCAGUGCAGACAUGGCCACGCCUUCUGGGGAGUUUUUCAUUAUCUGCCUCUCUAUUCCAGUUUCUAUACCUGCAUCUACCAGUAAGACUGGUUUUAAGGAACUACAUAACAUGUGCUGGUUGUUCAGUGAGACAGCAAAAGGUGGAUGAUGAAUAAAAAAAUGUUUACUGAUUAUUUCAGGAUUAAAAAGAAGGUGAAUCGUUGAUAUGUAUGCUACAUAUUUAUGACAUGUUAAGUUGUUCUCAUGUAAAAUACUCUUGAAGGCUACAUAAUAUUUGUAUCCUAUUUUUGAUACGUUAUGAAUAAGUUAUUUGUGUUAAAUUAUGUCUUUCGACUUUAUACUAGUGCAUAUUUUCUCUGCUUCGAUAUAAUUAAAGUGAUAAAACUGUUGACAAAA